GCUGCUGAUGCUGCUGCUGCUGCUCUUAUGGUCGAGUCAAAGCGGUGAUGGACUUAUUGUCAGGCCAGAGUCUAGUGGAUCACAAGAUCUGUUUGACUUUUCUUGCCAGUCAAAGACUUGUUAUGGAGAGUGGGUAGUUGUGCGAGUGGUGAAGCAGGGAAUGAGGAAUAAGGGUGCGGUAAGGAGUGAAUGCGGCGUAUAUGAUGGGUAUAUGAACUGUAGGCGUUUGAUGAAUGAGUAAUAGC